GCGGGUGAAAGGCAGCGCCACUGAGAUAGGGAGCGGCCGCGUUACAGGGGAGUGGCAGCAAGAAACGGAGAGGAUUAGGUAAAACGGAACAGCCAGCCAUAUUGGAGACACCCAGGUGUAAGCGACCUGUGGGCAGGUGAUUGAUUGGACCUUAAACCUCAACUUCUCGGCACUUGUUCAACUAGAAAUAACUUCAGAAGACCGAAAAUGCCGAAACCGAUCAAUGUUCGUGUUACAACAAUGGAUGCAGAGCUAGAGUUUUCCAUCCAACCCAGCACUACAGGCAAGCAGCUCUUUGACCAAGUUGUUAAAACUGUUGGCCUACGAGAGAUCUGGUAUUUCGGACUCCAAUAUACAGACAACAAAGGAUACCCAAACUGGUUAAAGCUUGAGAAAAAGGUAUCUCACCAAGAUCUGAAGAAAGAAAGUCCUGCUCAGUUCAAGUUUCGUGCCAAGUUCUUUCCUGAGGAUGUGGCUGAGGAACUAAUCCAGGAGGUUACUCAGAGGCUUUUCUUCCUUCAGGUGAAGGAAGGCAUUCUUUCUGAUGAAAUGUACUGCCCUCCUGAAACAGCUGUGCUGCUUGCUUCCUAUGCAGUCCAGGCAAAGUUUGGAGACUUCAGCAUGGAAACUCAUAAGACUGGUUACCUUACAUCUGACCGCCUGCUCCCACAGCGUGUUGUGGAGCAGCAUAAACUUAGCCGAGAGCAAUGGGAGGAGAGAAUCCAGGUUUGGCAUGAAGAGCACCGUUGGAUGCCCAAAGAGGAUGCCAUAUUAGAGUACCUGAAAAUAGCCCAGGAUCUAGAAAUGUAUGGUGUCAACUACUUUGAUAUCAAAAACAAGAAGGGAACAGACUUAUGGUUGGGUGUUGAUGCUCUGGGUCUCAAUAUCUAUGAGAAAGAGGACAAAUUAACACCCAAGAUUGGUUUCCCAUGGAGUGAAAUCCGCAAUAUCUCAUUCAAUGACAAGAAAUUUGUCAUCAAACCCAUUGACAAGAAGGCACCGGAUUUUAUUUUCUACGCUCCACGUUUGAGAAUAAACAAAAGAAUCUUGCAGUUAUGUAUGGGCAACCAUGAGCUUUACAUGAGACGCCGAAAACCUGAUACAAUUGAAGUACAGCAGAUGAAAGCCCAGGCUCGGGAGGAAAAGCACAAGAGACAGUUGGAAAGGGCACAGUUGGAGCAGGAGAAACAGAAGCGGGAGACAAUAGAAAAGGAAAAAGAGCAGAUGGAGAAGGAAACUCGAGAUCUGAUGUUGAAGCUGAAACAGUACGAAGAUCAGACAAAGAAAGCUGAGAAAGACUUGGCUGAGCAGAUGCAGCGAGCAAUUCAACUGGAAGAAGAGAGGAAGAAAGCACAACUUGAGGCUGAACGCCUAGAAGCUGAACGCUUGGAUGCUCUCCGAGCAAAAGAAGAGUUGCAGAGACAGGCUGAGGAUCAAAUGAAGAGCCAGGAACAGUUGGCUUCAGAGUUAUCAGAAUACACAGCCAAGAUUGAAGAACUAGAAGAUGCCAGAAGAUUGAAAGAGGAAGAGGCACAGGAGUGGCAACAACGGGCAAGAAUGGUCCAGGAUGAUUUGGAGAAAACCAAGGAAGAACUGCACAUGGUAUUGUCUGCCCCCGCACCGCCCCCACCCCCUCCUCCAAUCUACGAGCACCUAGAGGAGAAUGAACAUGAUGAUGCUGAAGAGAAUCAAACCGUGUACAGUGCAGACCUUGCAACUGAAGGCAUAUUGGAUCACAGAAACGAAGAAGAGCGAGUGACCGAAGUGGAGAAAAAUGAACGAGUGCAACAGCAACUGAUGCUUUUGAGCAGUGAGCUUGCACAAGCCAGAGAUGAGAGCAAGAAAACAUCCAAUGACAUAAUUCACAUGGAAAAUGUCCGGAAAGGUCAAGACAAAUAUAAGACACUUCGCCAGAUCCGGCGAGGGAACACCAAGCAGAGGGUGGAUGAGUUUGAAUCAAUGUAAAAUUUCACUGACAGCAGUACUUGUGCAUGUACAGAAUGAUAAUCCAUUUAAGUGUUUUACUUUUCCUGGUGAUUGCUGGAGCAAACAGCUUGGAUUCUUCAAUAAAGAGAUUGUCGGGCCACACCCUGAAUUUUUUUCUCCUAAACUUGUUCUGCUAAGUUUCCAUUUUAUAAAAAUUUUGAAUAGUUUCUGUUUUGAGUUCCUUCAUUUUUGCACAGUGAAUUGGAUAAUUGGUCAUUUUCUAUAACCUUCAGUCUGAAAUGAUGUGCUGUAGUGCAAAAACAAUUGUUUUGUUGUCAAACACGCUUAACAAGUAAGCAUCUUUUUCGAUAGGGAAGGCACUUAAUCUGUGUCUGAACAUUAUAUCUGAAAUGAUGAAGAUUAUGAAUUGGAGAACAGAAUUUUCACUAAAAGGAAAUUGCUUCCUUGCAUCACUUAUACCGCAGUGCCACAAGCCCAUGAUCACUCAGGUGAAAAGAUGAUUUCAAAUAGUAUUUGCCACUCUAUAGGUGAGGAUUCCUAUUAUACUUUGCAAAUAUUAAUGCCAUAAUGUGACUAUACUGAAAUGAUCAAUGGCAGAUACAGAAUUUAAACACUUUUAGAUGCUAUCACCUUUUCUGUGUGUCUUCAAGCAGAUUAUAAACUUCCAUGAGUUGCAAUAUUACAUUAAAACCCAUCAAUGACAGCCUAUGAAAUUUUUGUUGGGAAAUGUUCUGCUUUGUAUAUUCUUGCUCUUUGAAAAUUUGGGCUUCAACACUUGGAAGAUGUAAACAUUAAAUGAAUAACAAUAAAUGGGAGUUUUGUGAUACUGAAGUAAAUCUGACAUUAUUUUAUAGAUCUAAAUCUAUUUCUAAAUAUUUUAGGCCAAAUGAGUAAUAAAGCAUGUUUGUAAAAAUUCAAUGGCAAGGGCAAAAUCUUGUGUUCUAUUUAAUUUGACCAACUGAUAAAGACACAUAUUGUAGCCAAAUAUGCCAAUCUUUAGUCAUUUUGAAACUUCAUAUGUAAAGAUUUGUAAUUCAACAUUGUUGCAUGUUCUCCAUACCUUUUGGGAUGUGAAAUUUGUUGUACUAUAUUAUCACUAAGCUUUCAUAAUAAUGUGUUUAUCAAAAUGAUAACUCUGUUCCACCGAUCUGUACUUUGGGUAUCCUGCACUUUGUACUUGCAAGUCUUGUACUAAAAUGUUCUUUGCGAUGUUGAAAUGCAAGUAAUAAAGAUUUUGGCAAUGGUUUUGGA